CGUAAUGUGUUUACUAUCGGUUGUCGACCUUGCCUAUUGUCUGUAUCAACGUAGUUAAAUUCUUUUGUAACAACAAACGAAAACGUGUGAAAAAGAAUUAGGCGCCAUUGCGAAGCUGAGCGCGGAAAAAUGUCACCUGUCCAACGAGCGUUUUUCGUUCUAACGUUCGCGGUGUGGUCGUCGGAAGUGACGUCAUGGAUCGUCGACAUGGCGGCUAUGGAAAAAUCACUGGGCGUAGACGAACAUCCCGAUUACGACGAAGUUAACUCGUCGGUGGCCAGCGAGGACGACGAAGUCAGCUACACGUCGAACUAUGCGGAGAACUUUGAAUAUCGGACGUUUAGAAAGAAAGAGGUGGAUAGUAUCAUCAAGAAUGGCAGCAAAUAUUUAGAAGGGCUGAGCGGCGCGCUGGCGGCUUACAGGGCCGUCCUCGAGAACUGCAGUAGAAGCGCUGCUAAGACUGAGGAACAUAAGCCUGAAGAACUGAGGACAUGCAAGUCAGCCGAGCAGAAGAAGCUCGUCGUCCAAACGUUGUCCCAAAUGGCUCUAACCGCCACAGACAAACUAAGGGACAAGGCUUUUGAGAACAAUAAUCAGGGCGAAGGCGACGAGGAGAAGGAUCUGAUCCAACUGGCGUGGAGCCUGGACCGGCUGGCGACCCUCACCGCCUCCGAGCCUGCCCGCGACCUCCACGCCGCCACCCACAGCCCAGAUAACUCUCCGAAAUUAACAACUGAAGCACCCGCAAACGUUGCAAAGGAAGACGAACAACAAAACUUGGAAAUUCUAGAACAAGUAGAAAAUGGCCGACCGCUCACGUCUUUCCCGCCAACACUGACAGAGGUCAAGUCAGUUCAGAAGCGUGACCUCGGCGAUGUAAUGAAAUAUUACGUGAAAUACAAAGUUUGGAACAACUCCAAUCCGAUAGACGAUACAUCAAGUAACUAUAAUCAGUUCGACGUGAAUAAUUCCUUCAAGGUACUUCCCAUUAGGAAGCGGUCCAUCACAGAUAAGAAAGCAGUCAAUAUGCGUAGUGUAAUACAGACGAAAGGCCUAAAAAACCAGAAAGAAGUGAAGGAACAAUCGAAAAACAAGUCCAAAUUAGUUAAAUUUAUUAAAGUUUACAGAAGAAAAAUAUCCAAGAACCCCGCCGGCAUCAGCUUUCCCCUCCAAUUUUAAUAUGGGUAUUGGGAACAUGUUGGGAAGAUGAUUACUAGUCAAAUCAGUGACUUUUUAUCAAAAGUCAAAACGCUCGCUUAGUACCCUUACUAAGCGAGCUUGUA